GGUGAGUAUACUUAAUUGCGACAACCGCUGCGGCUUUAUUAUCUAGCCCAAAUACCAAGUCAGGAGCGCAGAUAUUCACGAAGGACUGCCUGUCCUAUUGAUGCGGGUCCCUGCUGCUUACCCAGGAGCAGGAGAUCUGGGGCAAUGUCGACGCCAGAUCCCCCCAUGGGAGGUACCCCUCGCCCAGGUCCUUCGCCCGGUCCGGGACCCUCUCCAGGGGCAAUGUUGGGCCCCAGCCCUGGGCCCUCUCCAGGCUCCUCUCAUAGUAUGAUGGGCCCCAGCCCUGGCCCUCCCUCCUCUGGACAUUCGCAGCCAGGGCCCUCUGGGUACGGCCAGGACAGCAUGCACCCUCUGCACAAACCCAUGGAGGGCAUGCACGAGAAGAGCAUGAGUGAGGAGAGCCGGUUCAGCCAGAUGAAGGGGCUGACCAUGAGGCAGGGCGGGCACAGUGGUAUGGGGCCCCCACCCAGUCCUCUGGACCAACACUCACAAGGCUACCACUCUCCAUUAGGUGGCUCUGACCAUUCCAGCCCUGUCCCCUCAAACGGUCCCCCCUCUGGUCCACUUAUGCCGUCUUCUUCUUCUUCCUCCUCCUCUGGUGGUCCCGGCUCUGCCUCUACACCCCUAGACGGCCAGGGUGGAGACCAACAGACACUGGGUCCCAACACCCGGCCUGGUCCUCAAGCUACUUCCGGCCCGGGCCCCAGCCCUGGGCCCAGUCUUACAUCCAGUGUCCCAAACCUCGCAUCAGGUCUCGGAUCUGGUGGCCCUGGCGGCCCUGGGGGCCCUGGUGGUCCUGGUGGCCCUACUCCCUUCAACCAAAAUCAACUGCACCAGCUCAGAGCCCAGAUCAUGGCCUAUAAGAUGCUGGCCCGGGGACAGCCCCUGCCAGAUCACCUCCAGAUGGCCGUCCAAGGGAAGAGGCCAAUGCCUGGGAUGCAGCAGCCAAUGCCCAGCCUGGCUCCUGGAGCUGCAGCAGGACCAGGAGGUGGACCAGGAGGACCAGGUUCUGGACCAGGACCCAUGGGCUCAGGGUACACCAGAGCUCACGGGAUGAUGGGUCCCAACAUGCCUCCACCUGGCCCUUCAGGAGUCCCAACUGGGAUGCAGGGACAAAACCCUAAUGGGCCUCCCAAGACCUGGCCAGAGGGCCCCAUGGUGAAUGCAGCAGCACCUUCCAACGCACCCCAAAAGUUGAUCCCCCCUCAGCCCACCGGCCGACCUUCACCUGCGCCCCCUUCGGUCCCCCCUGCUGCCUCCCCCGUGAUGCCCCCCCAGACGCAGUCUCCUGGCCAGCCAGCACAGCCCACUCCCAUGAUGCUUCACCACGCCAAGCAGAACCGCAUUACGCCCAUCCAGAAACCCUGCGGCCUGGACCCUGUGGAGAUACUGCAGGAGAGGGAGUACAGGCUUCAGGCUCGUAUCACCCAUCGUAUUGCUGAGCUGGAGAACCUGCCCGGCUCUCUGGCUGGUGAUCUACGUACCAAAGCUACUAUAGAGCUCAAAGCCCUGAGGCUGCUCAACUUCCAGAGACAGCUGCGUCAAGAGGUGGUGGUGUGCAUGCGUCGUGACACAGCUCUAGAGACGGCCCUUGAUGCCAAGGCCUACAAGCGCAGCAAGCGUCAGUCCCUGCGAGAGGCUCGUAUCACGGAGAAACUAGAGAAGCAGCAGAAGAUUGAACAAGAGCGGAAACGCAGGCAGAAACACCAGGAGUACUUAAACAGCAUCCUGCAACAUGCCAAAGACUUCAAGGAGUACCACCGGUCCAUCACGGGCAAGAUUCAGAAACUGACCAAAGCUGUGGCCACUUACCAUGCCAACACUGAGCGGGAGCAGAAGAAGGAGAAUGAGCGCAUUGAAAAGGAGAGAAUGAGGAGGCUCAUGGCUGAAGAUGAGGAGGGCUACCGUAAGCUGAUUGACCAGAAGAAGGACAAGCGUCUAGCCUACCUGCUUCAGCAGACGGACGAGUAUGUGGCCAACCUUACCGAACUGGUCCGAGCUCACAAGGCUGUGCAGGCUCUUAAAGAGAAGAAGAAAAAGAAGAAGAAAAAGAAGAAGUUGGAGAACGCUGAAGGACAAACUCCUGCACUGGGGCCUGAUGGAGAGCCUCUGGACGAGACGAGCCAGAUGAGUGACCUGCCAGUGAAGGUUAUCCAUGUGGACAGUGGUAACAUCCUCACAGGGGUCGAUGCUCCCAAAGCUGGACAGCUGGAGACCUGGUUGGAGAUGAACCCCGGUUAUGAGGUGGCUCCCCGCUCAGACAGUGAAGACAGUGAGGAGGAGGAAGAGGAAGAGGAGGAAGAAGAAGAGCCUCAUCCAUCAUCAGCUCCAGUGGAAGAAAAGAAGAAGAUUCCUGACCCCGACAGCGAGGAUGUGUCCGAAGUGGAUGUCCGCCACAUCAUCGAGCACGCCAAGCAGGAUGUCGAUGAUGAGUAUGGCAGUGCAGCAUUCGCCCGAGGACUCCAGUCCUAUUACUCUGUGGCUCAUGCUGUCACAGAGAAGGUGGACAGACAGUCCAGUCUGCUGAUAAACGGCCAGCUCAAACAGUAUCAGAUUAAAGGUCUGGAGUGGUUGGUGUCGCUCUACAACAACAACCUGAACGGGAUCUUGGCUGAUGAAAUGGGUCUGGGAAAGACUAUCCAGACUAUUGCCCUCAUCACGUACCUCAUGGAGUACAAACGCCUCAACGGCCCCUACCUCAUCAUUGUACCCCUCUCAACUCUCUCUAACUGGGUGUAUGAGUUUGACAAGUGGGCACCGACCGUUGUUAAAGUGUCCUACAAGGGGUCUCCUGCUGCCAGACGAGCCUUCGUCCCUCAAUUGCGCAGCGGCAAGUUCAACGUUCUGCUCACCACCUACGAGUACAUCAUCAAGGAUAAACAAGUACUGGCCAAGAUCCGCUGGAAGUACAUGAUAGUGGACGAGGGUCACCGUAUGAAGAACCACCACUGUAAGCUCACCCAGGUUCUCAACACUCAUUACUUGGCCCCGCGGCGGGUGCUGCUGACCGGCACGCCGCUGCAGAACAAACUGCCCGAGCUCUGGGCGCUGCUCAACUUCCUCCUGCCCACCAUCUUCAAGAGCUGCAGCACCUUCGAGCAGUGGUUCAAUGCCCCAUUCGCCAUGACCGGAGAGAAGGUGGAUCUGAAUGAAGAGGAGACCAUCCUGAUCAUCCGCCGUCUGCACAAAGUGCUCCGCCCCUUCCUGUUACGCAGGCUGAAAAAGGAAGUGGAGGCACAGCUUCCAGAGAAGGUGGAAUAUGUCAUCAAGUGUGACAUGUCGUCUCUUCAGAGGGUGCUGUACAGGCACAUGCAGGCUAAGGGCGUCCUGCUGACUGAUGGGUCAGAGAAAGACAAAAAGGGGAAAGGAGGCACAAAGACUCUGAUGAACACCAUCAUGCAGCUGAGGAAGAUUUGUAACCACCCUUACAUGUUCCAGCAAAUAGAGGAAUCCUUUUCUGAGCAUUUGGGAUUUUCUGGUGGGAUCGUCCAAGGUCCUGACCUGUAUCGGGCAUCAGGAAAGUUUGAGGUGCUGGAUCGCAUCCUGCCCAAGCUGAGAGCUACCAACCACAAAGUGCUUCUCUUCUGCCAGAUGACGUCACUCAUGACCAUCAUGGAGGAUUACUUUGCCUACCGAAACUUCAAGUACCUGCGUCUUGAUGGCACCACCAAGGCUGAAGAUAGAGGGAUGUUACUGAAGACAUUUAACGAUCCAGAGUCCCAGUACUUUAUCUUUCUCCUGAGCACCAGAGCCGGAGGUCUCGGCCUCAACCUGCAGUCUGCAGACACCGUGGUCAUUUUUGACUCUGACUGGAACCCGCACCAGGACCUACAGGCCCAGGACAGAGCACACCGAAUUGGCCAGCAGAACGAAGUGCGUGUCCUGCGUCUCUGCACUGUCAACAGCGUUGAGGAGAAAAUUUUGGCAGCCGCCAAGUACAAACUAAACGUGGACCAGAAGGUCAUCCAGGCCGGCAUGUUUGAUCAAAAGUCCUCCAGCCACGAGCGCAGGGCCUUCCUGCAGGCCAUCCUGGAGCAUGAGGAGCAAGACGAGGUCUGGGGGUUAAAGAGAGAGUGCAUGCACGAGGAGGACGAGGUCCCAGAUGAUGAGACAGUCAACCAGAUGAUCGCCAGGAGUGAGGAGGAGUUUGACCACUUCAUGCGUAUGGACCUGGACCGGCGUCGUGAGGAGGCUCGUAACCCGCGGCGUAAGCCUCGUCUGAUGGAGGAAGACGAGCUACCCACCUGGAUCAUGAAGGAUGACGCCGAGGUAGAGCGGCUGACCUGUGAGGAGGAGGAGGAGAAAAUGUUUGGACGAGGUUCUCGUCAGCGCAAGGAGGUGGACUACAGCGACUCACUGACAGAGAAGCAGUGGCUCAAGGCGAUAGAAGAGGGCACCCUGGAGGAGAUUGAGGAAGAGGUACGUCACAAGAAGACGACCCGUAAGAGGAAGCGGGACCGCGACAUAGAUCUCCCCGGUCCCUCCUCUUCCUCGGGGGGCCGUGGACGAGGGGACAAAGAUGAGGACGGGAAGCGGCAGAGGAAGAGGGGACGACCGCCUGCCGAGAAACUCUCGCCCAACCCUCCUACCCUCACCAAGAAGAUGAAGAAGAUCGUGGAUGCUGUCAUCAAAUACAAGGACAGCACCAGUGGGCGUCAGCUGAGCGAGGUGUUCAUCCAGCUGCCGUCUCGUAAAGAGCUGCCAGAGUACUACGAACUGAUCCGCAAGCCUGUCGACUUCAGGAAGAUCAAGGAGAGGAUUCGGAGUCACCGCUACCGCAGUCUGGGCGACCUGGAGAGAGACGUCAUGCUGCUCUUCCAGAACGCUCAGACCUUCAACCUGGAGGGAUCUCUGAUCUACGAGGACUCCAUCGUGCUCCAGUCGGUGUUCACCAGUCUGAGACAGAAGAUCGAGAAGGAGGACGAAAGCGAGGGAGAAGAGAGUGAGGAAGAGGAGGAGGAGCAGGAGGAAGGAUCGGAGUCUGAAUCUCGCUCUGUGAAGGUGAAAAUCCGUCUCGGCCGGAGGGAAAAGGGCGGAGAGCGAGGGAAGGGACGCAACAGACGUACAGGACGCACUAGAGCCAAACCUGUUGUUAGCGAUGAUGACUCUGAAGAGGAGCAGGAAGAGGAGCGUUCCCCCAGUGCCACCGACGAGGAGUCCUAAACUGUAACAGGGAAGUAAAUGGGGCAUAAAGGGAUAUUCCACCAACUCAAGCUUCACAAACUACAGUAUUUCUUCCAUGCCUUUGUCAAGUCCACCUGUGUGCCUAGACAUAAAACAGAAGGGAACUGGCAUCCCUCAGUACUGGUACAGAUCCAGGUCAACUUUGUAUUCCACAGAUGGGAAAAUUGUCUGGUCAGUAAAAAAAAAGAAAAGAAAAGAAAACAAUAUAUACAGUACAAUAAUAUAGGACAACAAUAUCAUACAAUCCACUAUCAGGUUAAUCAGGUUAUGUUCUGUGCACAUUAUACUGUGUUCUAUUUGCUGUGACCCCAGUUAAAAAAAAAAAAGUCUUCAUGCUGAAAAUGACCUUUUAUAUCUUGCCAUCCCAAUUCUGCACUGCAAAAUUCUGUGGAGGAGAUAAGAGUGGUGUCUGUGUUUGGUUGUUCAAGACCUACUUGAUCAACCACGAUAACAGGUAAACUUAAUCUUUUAGGAUUAACUGGCCAAAAGCGCAGUGCUUGAAUCGAAAACAUAACUCGAUAGCACGCUCUAAAAUCCUUUGAGGGGGGUCUUCGCCCCAUUUGAUGCGGAAAAUGAAAUUAUUCCAAGACUAUGUGAAAAAAAUUAAUUUGUAAAAAUGGGAUGAAAAUUAAAUUAAUUGAACCCCAGUGCCGAUGUGUGUUAAGUGUACGUUAACACAGCACAUCUGGAUAUUGUAUAUAUUUUGCUGAUUUAACUUGUGUUCACCCAAAUUUAUGUUGACAUCGGUUUUUCUAUUUUCUAGAGGAACUGGAAUUAAAAACGAUACCAUAGCUGACCUGAAAAGUUAGAACGGAUGGAAACGAGUAAUCUAACGAGUGAUGUAAACAACGCUGUAUGUAAACACUCAGAGACAGAGACACUUUAUUGCCCAGCGUAAAGCCCCCACUCCACCUCACCUUCCUUCUUCUGGGGGUAAACACGAUGUUUGACCUCUGCUUCACUGGGGCGGUGUGUUACAACUGCAGGCUCUGGCAGGCAGCCGCUUUGGAGCCGGUGUGAUUACCUAAGUGUGUGUACAUCACAUAUUUCUGACCGGGGCUCACUGUUUGGGUUGGAAAUACAGCCCGCUGCGGUUUCCAGACUUCUCAAAACCUCUUUAGCAGCUCAACACACUCAUGUGUCUGAGUUUAAAUGGAGUCGAGCCCGAUUCACUCCCGACAUUUAUACUGUACAAAACAACUUAUCCCACAUUGCUGCUGCUUACCUGUUACUCUUCCAAUAUAAGCACUUAUUAUUGUUGAUUGUAGACAAAAAAAGAAAAAAGUUGAGGUUGUAAUUCAUCAAGGAGUACUGUAUCUUUUAAUUGCUUCUUCUUCUGUGUUGUGUGGUGAUUUUAGAAUUUCAAAAUGGCUGACAGUUUGAUGUAGUUUGGCACUUUUUAUGUUUUUGAUUUCAAGACAAAGGACCAGAGGGACAGUCGCUCCUCUCUGUUUGUGAAUGCCUUAUGGCUGUAUGGUGUUGGAUAUACUGUAUAGAGUAUUUUUAGAGUACAACGUCUAUGCAUGUGUGUAUAGCGCUCAAGUCUGACGUACUGUUACUUUCUCCAUUAGGAUAGAUAACUAGGGUUGAGAACGUACGACCAAAGCAUCAGCAUUUUCUCCACUAAAUUAUUGGGAUCUGUUUGUGUUGUGUUGUGUCAUUGUUGCUGGAACCCAAAAGGAACAAUAAAUUGCAGUAAAAGUG